GGCAGUGCGCACUGGGCGCCAAACACAAGCUGAUAAAAAUGGCGGAAGUCAAAUCGGGAGAGUCUCCUUCUCCGGGAGAUGAAUCUGUUCCUGUGUCUUCUACUCAAGAAGGGACAGAAGUCGGUGUAUCCAAAGGCGUAGAAGAAGAAGAAGAAGGAGCCAUGCAAGUGGAGGAAGAUGGUACAGUACCGGAGGAAAAGUCACAGGAGGCAAAAUCCAACACAGAUAGUGGGUACCCUAUGGACAGCAGUGCUAUGGAAGAUGCUACAGCUACAGCAGACUCUUCCCUGGGACCUGGGACCAACGAAACACAUAACAGUGCUGAAGGGGUCUACAUGCAACAUCUCCUAGAUGUUCUCUCCAAAACAGUGAAGAAGUGUGUCCAUGCAGGAAGAUUUAGCACAUUUGCCAGGAACUACAAGUUUGCCUACCAGAACAACCCCAAAGCCUUGCAGAGCAUCGCACAACAGCAUGUCCAGCAUCUGCAAGACAAUGUCCAGGCUGAAAUCCAGCUGCUCCUGUCUGAAGAAGAGAUUCCAGUAUUGUUUAAUAAAUUAGAAACUAUUCUGAAUGACGCUGCAACAGAAGAGAACACUACUACAUGGCGCCCCUCUGGAGAUCCGGAAAAAGACCUGCGAAGCCACAGGAUGGCCGUCAAACUGAAAGAGCGAGAAGAGCUGCAGAAAAGACUGGCGGCACAGGAGCAGGAGACGGCUCGUCUUCAGAAAUCUGUGCUACAGUCCAGGCAGAAGUUGCUCCACACACAACAGAAGCUUCAGGACAAGAUGGAGAUGUUUGCAGAGGCUGCUGCUGCUUGUGACACCUGCCCGAUGGAACGUGUCUGUGAACUACAGCUGAUGUGUCCAAAAUAGAGUCAAUAACGUCAAGAAAAUUACAUGUGCCUGUAUCGAGCAACUUUAGCAUAUACAUAGUAUUUUCAAGUUAUUCAAUUUUCAUAUCAUUUGUACUAAGGAUAACAGUGUGGCCUCUUCUGUAAUACAGCUGGCAAAUGAACAACAAAAACAAGAAGAAUAGUGGAAACUACCAAGUAACUUUUCUUCAUCAUAACAAAGAAUUGAAAAUCUUUGUAAACAAUACCAGUGACAACCCUUGGAAUGGACUAGAAGAUACUCGUAUAUAUUUCCUUUCCAUUAUACAGUAUAUUGGGGAGGGAAAUAAAGAUGAUUCAGAUAAAUUGGUUUGUAAGUCUUAUAAAAAAUAGGGAUCCUAAUAAUGUACAAAAAGUUGUUGAUCUAAAAUGCACAGUCAUAUUUAUGUAACUAUUGUCACUUAUGAGUUGUGUGUUGUUCUUGACUUAUGCCAGAUAAUAAAAAAAAAAUGUGAUUUUUGCAUCAUCCAGAAACAUUUGUAAGAGUAACAGUAGGAAAUUGUUGCCACCUCAUAAAAAGCUGGUCACAAAAAGUCAAAUGGACAUCAUGGUGUUGUUGAAGAAUUAACAUAGAUCAGAAUUCCAACGCUGAUGGACAAGGUAUACACAUGUAGUUAUACUAGUUAUACAUUGUACAUGUCAAUGUAUG